CUGCAAGCUAUCAGGUAGCAAUCUCCUCAUCUUCCAUCUCAGCUUGCUGUUGUGCUCCUGUGCUUCCCUUUGCUGCCACUCUGCAUCACCAUGGCCGCGCGUCGAGCCGUCUCCCGCACCAUCCCCACCCUCUCUUCUCGCACUCUUAGCUCUCCCCGCAGCUCUCUUUCUUACCUCUCAUCUCGCACCACCUCUUCUUCUCAAGCUCUCAGACCAAUGGCUGCCGCUCGCAGACUACAUGCCACGGCUCAGCAGCUGAUGCCGGCCGCCACUACCUCUGCUGCCUCUACGGCCACUGAGUAUCCCACCACCCACGAGAGGAUCGCCUCCCCGAUCGACACCUGCAAUUUCAUCGACAACAAGUUUGUCCCAUCAAAAGCCACCCAAUGGAUCGAUCUACACGAUCCCGCCACCAACAAUCUCGUCACCCGUGUUCCCCAGAGCACGAGCGAGGAGAUGAAGGCCGCCGUCGAGAGCGCCCAGAAGGCUUUCCCCGCCUGGAGAACCACCAGCAUCAUGGCCAGACAGCAGAUCAUGUUCAAAUAUGUCAACUUGAUCCGCGCCAACUGGGACCGCUUGGCCGCCAGCAUCACUUUGGAGCAGGGCAAAACCUUCGCUGACGCCAAAGGUGACGUUCUUCGUGGACUGCAGGUCGCGGAGACUGCCUGUGGAAUCACAACGCAGAUGACCGGCGAGCUGCUCGAGGUCGCCAAGGAUAUGGAAACGAGAACUUACCGUGAGCCAUUGGGUGUUGUGGCUGCCAUCUGCCCUUUCAACUUCCCUGCUAUGAUUCCUCUCUGGUGCAUUCCAAUUGCCACCAUGACCGGAAACACCCUGAUCCUGAAGCCCUCUGAGCGUGAUCCCGGUGCUGCAAUGAUCCUCGUCGAGUUAGCCAAGGAGGCUGGCUUCCCCGAUGGUGUCAUCAACGUCAUCCACGGUGCUGCCAAGGCCGUCGACUUCAUCCUUGAUGAGCCCGCCAUCAGGGCCAUCAGCUUCGUCGGCAGCAACCGCGCUGGAGAAUACAUCUACACCCGCGGUUCCGCCAACGGAAAGCGUGUCCAGGCUAACUUGGGUGCUAAGAACCAUGCCGCCGUGCUUCCCGACUGCAACAAGAACCAUGCUCUCAACGCCAUCGUUGGAGCUGCGUUCGGUGCUGCCGGCCAGCGCUGCAUGGCCCUCUCUACUCUCGUCAUGGUCGGAGAAACCAAGGAAUGGCUGCCAGAGAUUGCUGAGCGCGCUAAGGCCCUCAAUGUGAACGGUGGAUUCGAGGAGGGUGCCGAUCUCGGCCCAGUCAUCACCCCUGCGAGCAAGCAGCGCAUUGAAGAAAUCAUCGCCAGUGCCGAGAAGGAAGGCGCUAAGAUCCUGCUCGAUGGACGCGGCUACAAGCCUGCCAAGUAUCCCAAUGGCAAUUGGGUCGGCCCAACCAUCAUCACCGGCGUCAAGCCACACAUGACAUGCUACCGCGAAGAGAUCUUUGGCCCCGUUCUCGUCUGCCUUGAGGUCGACACCGUUGACGAGGCUAUUGCUCUCAUCAAUGCCAACGAGUAUGGAAAUGGUGCUGCUGUCUUCACCCGCUCCGGUCCCACUGCCACCCGCUUCCAGCACGAGCUUGAGGCCGGCCAGCUCGGAAUCAAUGUUCCAAUCCCAGUUCCUCUCCCAAUGUUCUCUUUCACCGGAAACAAGAAGAGUAUCGCCGGUGGCGGUGCCAACACCUUCUACGGAAAGCCCGGAUUGAACUUCUACACCCAGCUUAAGACCGUCACCAGCUUGUGGAGAAGUGAGGAUGCAAUUAACACAAAAGCAAGCGUGGUUAUGCCGACACACCAAUAAGCUAGCAAUGCUUUAGCUAGUGAUGGGUCUAAUUUGAUGGGCUUUUUUUUCUCGCUUUUACUCUUUUUUAUUUUUUUUUUUUUUAAGUGGAGUUCUUUUUUGUGCUUUGGUGAUGUUUCAGUAUGCCAGUGCUUUUUGUGCCCUAGACAAGCGCCU